AUGUUGAAGGAAGUUCUUUCGAAAGAAUUCAAGAUCAGAGAUCUCGGAGAACCAGAAUACUAUCUGGGAAUUAAAUUCUCACGAGAAAACGACGCAAUCGCCAUACACCAGAGGGGAUACGUAAAGAAAUUAUGGGACCGAUUUGGAAUGACUAAAUUAAAGCCGGUAUCAACUCCCGUGGAUAUUAACGUAAAUCUGACGAAGCCAGAGUAUGAAUGUACAAGCGAUGAGAAGAAACUUCCGUACCGUGAACUGGUAGGUGCUCUGAUGUACCUAUUUGCGGCUGCAAGGCCUGGCAUUAGGUCAGUUUAA